CUUGUUGUCAGAUUGAGGCGUGAAUAUCCAGGGUCUGUACUUCCCACCCUUGUUUCUGUUUCUAGCCGAGGUGUGGGCUUCACCUGUACGAGGUAACUACCAGAACCUCCCAACAAAAAUCCUUCUCUUCAAAGGUACAAAGAUGAACUGCUGUGGUCUGCUAACUGCUCAGAAGGAACCAGUUCCUCUGAAGAGCGUGGAGGUGGAGGUGGAGGUGAGGGACCAUGUGGCUACAGUGGUCUCCACUCUGAACUAUGAGAACAAGGAGGACAAACCACUGGAGGCAGUUUUUGUCUUCCCUCUGCCUGGAGAUGCUGCUGUCUGUCAUUUCAGUGCUAAGAUUGGACAGACAGAGAUUGUAGCUGAGGUGAAGGAGAAACAGGAGGCUCGUGAGGAGUAUGAUGAUGCACUGAGCUCCGGUCGGCAGGCCUUCCUGUUGGAGGAGAGUGAUCAGAGUCCAGAUAUAUUCUCUAUGAGUGUGGGCAGUCUGCCUCCAGGAGAGAGCGCCUCCAUCAGGCUGGAGUACGUCACUGAGCUGGCUGUGCAGGCUGAUGAAGGCCUCAGGUUUUGUCUGCCUGCUGUGCUCAACCCUCGCUACCAACCUAGAGGUAGUGAAGGCAACCCUGUCCAGGUGACCUCUGUUCCAGCCUCUCUGGUGCCCUACAGUCUGUCUUUCUCUGCCAGAGUGUCCUCUGCUCGUCCAGUCUCUAAAGUAGAGUCCAGCUGUCCCCUGGACCCUCUCCAGUACCUCAACACAGAGCAAACCCAGGCCACGGUGAAGUUGUCUGCAGGACACAAGUUUGACAGAGAUGUUGAACUGCUGAUUUAUUACAAAGAUGCUCACCAGCCCACUGCUGUGGUGGAGGCAGGACAGGCCUCUGCCAAACCUGGCACUCUGAUGGGUGAUCCAGUAGUGAUGCUGAGUCUGUACCCUGAGUUCCCCCAGGCUGUGAUGUCUUCAGUCGCCUCAUGUGGAGAGUUUGUGUUCUUAUUGGAUCGAUCUGGAAGUAUGCAGGGGGAACGUAUGAAGAGUGCCAGGGAUACUCUGCUGCUCCUGUUGAAGAGUUUACCAAUGGGCUGCUAUUUCAACAUCAUCAGUUUUGGGUCCAGAUAUGAACACAUCUUUCCUAAGAGUGUGGAGUACAGCCAGCAGACCAUGGAAGAGGCUCUGAAGAAAGUUGAGGAGAUGGAGGCUAAUCUGGGAGGAACAGAGAUCCUGAGGCCCCUUGAACACAUUUACAGCCAGAGCUGCAUUCCCAAUCAACCUAGACAACUAUUUGUCUUUACUGACGGAGAGGUGGGGAACACCAAAGAAGUUAUCAAUCAGGUGAAGAAGAAUUCAGGUUCCCACAGGUGUUUCUCUUUUGGGAUUGGGGAAGGGGCCAGCUCUGCUCUCAUCAACGGGUUGGCCAAGGAAGGAGGAGGUCACGCUCAGUUCAUCACAGGGACUGACAGGAUGCAACCCAAAGUGAUGCAGUCGCUGCGAUUUGCUCUACAACCAGCUGUGGUCGACAUCUCAGUCAAGUGGGAUUUACCAGAGGGAGUCUCUGUCACUGAUCUCUCUCCACCAAUCACAGCUCUUUUCCAGGGUCAAAGGUCACUGGUUUAUGCCCAGCUCAUUGGACAGAGUUCAGAGGCAGCAGAGGGCUGUGUGACGGUGAAGUACAGCCUGGCAGGUCAACCCUCUCAGAAUCAGCUCCGCUUCAGUCUCAAACCUGCAGAGGACACUGGAUUAACAGUCCACAGGUUGGCUGCUCGGACUCUGAUUCGCUCCCUGGAGAUGGAGGAGAAGGAGCACAGAGGGGAGGGAGAUGGAGGAGUGAAGAAGAAGGUGGUGGAGCUCAGUGUCCAAUCAGGAGUGAGCAGUGCCUUCACUGCCUUCAUUGCUGUCAACAAAGGUGACGGUGAGGCGAUCCAAGGACCUCUGGUGCGCAGAAAUGUCCCAACACCCAUGUAUUCCUACCCACCCAUGAAGAUGGCCUGUAGUAUGCAACGCUGUGCCCCUACUCCUUAUUGCUCGACCCGUUGUGUUCCCUGUUCCAUGCCAUCUGGACUGAAGAAGAAGUCAAACAAGAAGAGAGGUGCACGACCACCUUCUAGUCUCAAUGCUGAACGUUGUAUUGCCUUCCCUGGGAGAAGCAGCAUUGACCCCAAGCAGCCUCCCAGAGACCCUCUGCUGCAGCUGGUCUCCCUCCAGAAGGCGUCUGGCUGCUGGGUGCUGGAUCCAGCUCUGGCUGCUGCACUGGGAAAGACCAGCGAGGAGGUGGAAAAGCCCAAACCUGCUUCGCAGGUGAAGCAGGAUGUGUGGGCCACUAUUCUGGCUCUGAUCUGGCUUCAUGGUUUCAAGAUGGAUGCUCAGGAAGAGUGGGAGCUUCUGGCUAUGAAGGCUGUGUCGUGGCUCUGUGCUCAGAAUGCAUCAUGUGUGACAGAGUGUGUGGAAGCAGGAAAUACUCUGUUGGGCUGUAAGGUGCAGAAAGACGUCCUGGGGUUCUGAGGUUUUCAUUGAAGUGGAUUCUCUUCAGGAUUGAUACAUAAAAAGAUUCAAGAUUUAAUGUAUCCUACAAGCUUUGCAUUGUCAAUAAUCAUCAUACUAUCUACUUAGUAACAAUAAAAUACCCUUCUUUUGUUUUACAUUUUCAUUUGGUGUUUCCCCUUGUCCCUAUGUUCACUGGUCUUUGAAAUGUGUACUAUUUUUGUCCUGACUUUGUAAAAGUAAAGUAAAAUCAUGCAUUUACACACAAAAUGAAUGUCUUAAUUCGGGACUUCACACUUUGUCUUUUCAUUGUGCAGUAAAUACUGUGACACCAGGUUUACAAGCACUUUAAUAAACACUGGAUUGCAA